AUGGUUGCUAAAGACGGGAGCUCCCCAAAGCUGGAGCCGUCGUUUCUCAACUCGGUGCAGACGAUCCAAGACCCAGCUCCACUUGAAGGGAUUGCCACCCCCAAGCAAAUCGACGACGACGACGUGUACGUCGACAUUACCGAGGGUGUUGGGCGAGCCACCGACGUGUCCAAGUCUGGCCGCGUUUCGUCGUACCGAAGCCUCCACCGCACGUCGUCCCGCCAGCGCCUCUCGCGUCUGGAAUCGCGCAUCCAUCCAGAACAUGCUAAAGCCCUAUUGCCAACGACGACGCUGUACGUGACCGUCAUGAUUGCCCUCGUCGGGUCAUUUCAAACGGGCUGGCUGCUCACCCAGCUCAAUUACCUUCCAUUUCACUCGGUCAAGACGUGCUCAGCUGUCCCGAUCAAACCCGACACAUGCAUUUUGUUUUCUGGUCACUCCAAAAAUGAAUGGACGAUGUGCGUCACUGGCUGGGUCGUCGGCGCCGCGUUCGGCGCAAUGCUCAGCAGUAUCCCCGCCGACCGCUUCGGGCGUAAGCGCACCAUGUUCCUCAACGCGUUCAUCAUGAUUGUGGGUGGCGGCGUCCAAGCCAUUGCGCAUGACCCGUACGUAUUUGCGCUCGGUCGCCUCAUAUCGGGUCUCGCCACCGGCACCGUCAUCAACGUAAGCAACGUGCUUAUCAGUGAAAUUUCUCCGUGCCAAAUGCGCGGUCUCUUCUCGACGGGCCUCCAAGUCGGCGUCGCCCUCGGCUCGCUCGCCGUCACGUCGACGCAUUACCUCAUCGGCACCGGCGACAUUGCGUGGCGGUUCAUGAUGGGGCUCCCCGUCGUGUUUGGAUUAGUUCAAGUGCUACUGAUGCCCAUGACGGUUGAGUCGCCAGUGUGGCUUGUUGGCCAGGGCAACGUCGAUGACGCCGCGCUUGCGAUGAAGAGGCUGUACAAGCCAACCAACUACGAAGCGAUCCUAAAUGCGUUGGUGGCGUCCCACGAAGAAGAGCAGCGCGAGAUCGCCGAGGUUCAGCCAUGGGCCGCCAUGGUGUCGAAAAAGUACCGACUCCAGCUUGUGAUUGCGAUUGUCGUGUGUGCGUCGCACCAAAUCACGGGGGUCAAUGCAAUCAUGUACUACUCGGCCACGAUUUUCAACAACGCGGGUAUUACCGACCCCCGCGUCGCCAACACUAUCGUCAACGUGAUUCGCCUCAUCUCGGUUGUGUUGGUUGCCAAGAUCAUGGACAAGUUCAAGCGCAAGGCGAUGCUGAUCACUGGUAUGGCCGUGAUGGCAGUCGCGUCCGGCAGUCUCGUCCUCGCUCUGACCAACUCAUGGUCAGCGCUUGCUGUCGCGUCGGUCGGAACGUACAUCGCCGCGUGGGGCUUCUCAAUCGGCCCCAUGGCGUGGAUGGUCGCUGCCGAGCUCUUCCCCGACUACCUCCGCGCGAACGCUGGAUCCGUCGGCACCAUGUUCACGUGGAUCUCCAAUUUCUUCGUCGCUGUCUCCUAUCCUGUCGUGGCGUCGGAAGACAGCUUGGGCAACUACGCGUUCCUCAUCUUUCUCGGCAUCCUCGUCGUUCUCAUCGUGUUCAUUGCGGUCGUCGUUCCGGAAACGUCACACAAGACGUACGUUGAAAUCGCUCAGGCGUUUGGCAUCCAGGAAAAGUCCCACGAAGCCAUCGAGGGCCAAGACCCGUGGGCCACACCCCGCGUCAGCCACUACUCUGCCUUUAACGAACCCACCCACGGUGACAAAUCAGCCACUACCGUCCAGGAAACGAAACCCGUCAACAUGCCCCAUGCGCCGACCCAAUAA